UGCACGUCCUAUAAAGACCGAACCUCUCGUUUCCAGACGGAGGGAUCGCUGCCGUUCGUUAUUUUCUCGGCGGGAAUGGAGAAUACGGAGACUCUGAGAGAGUGGUUCGAAAGAGUCGACUCAGAGAAAACCAGCAGCAUCACUGCUCUUCAACUGAAGAGCGCUUUCGCAGUCGGAAACCUCGAAUUCUCUCUCUCCGUUGUUCAGCAGAUGAUCAGGAUGUACGAUUUCGAUAGGAAUGGGACCAUGAGCUUUGAAGGUGGGUGCAUCAUGGCUGAAGUUGAUUCCUGCAAUGCUAUAGCUUGGGCCUUUUGCAGAUCCUCCCCUCGGAGUAUUUUUCUUCUUCUCCCAAAUAGUAUAAGAAAGUGUUGCUAUCAUUUGGAGGUUUCUUUUCAUAAAAUCUUGAGAGGUGCCAAUUACCUGCUAAUUCCUUGGCUUAGGGUCAAUUGUCCAUAUGUCCUCUGCGGCUUUUUUGGGCUUCUUUAAUAAAUUUUUUGUUAUUCAUGGAAAAAAAGUUUCUACGGUUUGAAGGUGGAUUAGAACAAAAAAGAUAAGAAAUGACUGGGUUGAGUUAAUAGUUGACCUAAGUUCUUUAUGCUUCAACUUGCGAAUGGUUCAUCAACUAAACUUGCUUCAAUGCGGUGUUGGAUAUUUAUAUAAUCAUCACUACUUGCUAAGGAUGAUGUUUCCUGUUCUUGUCUCUUUGUUGAUUGCCAUUUUCUAUGAUGUAUAGCUGCUUCUUUUAAUAAAACUUUCAUUAUCAAUAAAAAAAAGAAAGAAGAAGUAUCUUUAUCUAAUAUUAAUGGUACAUGUGACACGCAUGGAGCGGGGGGAUAGAGAUAGAAAAGGGAGAGAGAUUUGUAGGGGAGAGAAAAUGAGAGGGUCAGAGGGAAAGAUGGGGCCACGUGUAGGUGCAUGUUACAUAGUGAGGAGAAGGGAAUGGUGGGCAAUCCAUCCUCACCAUUUCCCUUGUUGUUGCCCACUCGAUCCCUGAUGUCUUAACAUCAGUGGAUACAGCACAUGUAAGGAGCGGAUGUCAUACAAUCAUUAGGGUAGGCAGAAUAGAGCCUUUGUCAUGCAGUCUUCCUAAUUAGAUGCUUCAUGCUAGGGAAAGAGGAGAUGUGGUGCGAGCUACACAUUAAAAAAAAUGAAAGGAAGUGGGUUCAAUCUAUUCCAUCCCUUCUACAGUAAAAUCUCAACCGUUCCUGGCUAAGCAGCUACUUGUUGUGAGGAAUUGACCCUCUUAACCAAUGUUACCAAGGUUGUGCAAACUAAUUGUGAGGGAAAAAAUGUUCAAAGGUACUGGCAUUAUAUAUAGUGAUGUUAUUGUGGACUUAUUAGAAUAGAAUGGUGUUGCAACAACAUAUACUGAAUAAUGCACAUGUCAUGCAUGUAACCUAUCAAGGGAUAAGUCAACAUCGAUUGUUGUAUGUGCUCUCAUUUGUUUAAGAAUACGGAAGACUUUCUUUUGGUAACUUUAUAGACCUUUCAUCUAUUAUUUGGAAGAAAUGUCAAAAUUUCUCUCUAACACCAUGUACUUUUGUGGUGCAUUUUUUU